UGCCCAGCUGCUGAACAUUUCUUUCUCCAAUUUGAUUUGACUACGGGAUGUGUGCGCUGCGCGCCUGAAAAAAUAACCCCCGGUGGGUGCUAUGCUAUGCUGGUUCAAAGUUUCAAACCUGGUGACUGGACCAUCCAUCGCCCGGGCUGUCCCUUUAUAUAACCACCGCGUCCAAGAAUCAAUCAUCGUCGUCUACUCGACUCAUCCAUCCAUCAUCCAUCGCCCGAAUUCCUCCGUCUCCCUCCCACCCAUCGACUCCCGCGCGCGCGCUCGCAGAAGAGAAAGGCGUCGACCGGAUCGGGAUGAAGCAGGAGAAGGGGCAGGGCGGCGGCGGGAGGAAGCUGGGGCGGUGGCUGGGGGCGCCGGUGCGGGCGCUGUCGCGGGCGUGCGACUCGUACGUGCGCAAGAUGUCGGCGUGCGCGGGGGCCAUGCCCACGCAGUACGCGGGCGCCAUGGGCCGCGGCGGGGCCGGGGCCAUGCACAUGCAGGCGGCCACCUUCAGCUCGCGCUCCACGCGCCGGGGGGACGACGACGUCAGCGAGUUGGUCCGCGCCAUGUCCCAGCGCCAGCAGGGCAGCAGCGCCUCCCCCGCGGCCGCGGCCGUGCCGCCCAGGAGCCGGAGCGUGGGGGUGGGCAGGAUCGACGAGGACGCGCCGUGCGACUUCGGCGCCGACGCCGGGCGCGUCGGCCUGCCCCCGCCGGCCGUGCGCAGGAGCCGCAGCGCCGCCGUCGGGAGCGGCCUCCCGCCGCGCGUCGGCGGGGGCGGGGGUUUCGGCGCCGCGACGAUCAAGAAGGUCCCCGCUGCCGGCGUCGUGCACGGCGGCUAACCGAGACCGGCCGGCCGGCCGGCGCGUGCGAUGGCGCAGCACACGUCGUACGUGUGCCCGCGUGUACGGACAGUCACUGCACGCGGCCACGGUGUGUUUUUUAGUCUUUUCGGUCGCAUCUUUCGUCUGGCAGGAUGGUUUUGGCCUUUCUUUUCCCCGUGUGGUUGCGUGAAUUGUACAUUUUAGUGGUUAGAUUUUGUCGGGACCUGGAAGCAGUUAGCAGCCGUGCAUAGCAUACUGCAUACACAGCCCAGAUCGAUGCUGUUAAUUGGUAGAGUACACAUCCCAGAAGCAUGUGACGUGCCACGUACAGUAAUGUAUAUCCAGAGUGCAAUCCAAACAAGUUCGGUGGGUA